CAAAUGUAUAAUAUGUCAAUCAUGGACAACGUUUUUUGGGUCAGAAGAUACUCUCCAAUAAACAGGACUCCAAGCUGAUGCAUGCUUUUGUUUUCAUCGACCAGAAGAUAUUCUAAUUAAUUGUCCAAGACAAAGCACUACAAAAACCAACAAACAUUAAAAGCGUGCAGGGUGGGGACUGUUAUAGUAAAAUAGAAAGACAAGAUUGAAAGCUUUCCAAGUUGUCUGCAUUCGUUGGACUAACACCAGUGGAGAGAUGCUAUGAUAUGUUAUGCCAAUCAAGUAGUAGCAGCCAUUUCUGAUUUCCACUCACAAAUGUUUAUUUAGUAAGAAAAGAAUCAAAAAGAGAGAACCAAAAUCUGGUAAUUAAGAUCUUCUCUUCAGAAGAUGUGUAACACCCUCAAGUUCAACCCCUUUAAGAACCGUUUGCUAAUAAUGUUCAUGCUGGUUCUUUCUCUCCCCUUCAAUGUUCAAUCCCAAGCCAAAGAUAGUGAAGAACAGAACCUGGCAGAACUCCCUCAAACGGUUCAUCCAAGCAAGGGAAUAGUAAUAGCAGUUCUCUCCACAAUGUUUGCCAUAACAUUACUCUUACUUCUCUAUGUUAAAUUCUGCCGAACUAUCCCUCAUGAACUCCUUAGGCAAAACUCAAAUCUCCAAAACUUUCAGGGCCUAACUCGAUCAAGGUCUAGAGUUUCUGGGAUUGACAAACAAGUAGUUGAAACACUUCCUUUCUUCAAGUUCUCUUCCCUCAAGGGUUCCAAAGAAGGCCUAGAAUGCACCGUUUGUCUCUCCAAAUUCGAGGACACAGAGACUCUAAGACUUCUUCCAAAGUGCAAGCACGCUUUCCACAUGAAUUGCAUUGACAAGUGGUUUGAAAGCCACUCUACGUGCCCUCUUUGUAGACGCAGGGUUGAAGCAGGGGACAUUAAAAACCUCAACUUUUCAUUAAGCUCGCGGUUCCUCCGAGUUCCUUCAAAUCUCACGGAGGAUCCAAACCUUGAAAUCUUUGUUCACAGAGAGCCAUCUCAUGGAGGGUCAGCAUCGAUCCAAAGGUCAUAUUUACCCUUAGACCAGCGGUGUCGAGGAUCAUCGAGAAGAGGCUUUUGGGACGUGGGCAAGUGCAAGAAACAAGAACUACUGCUUAUUGAUGAUAGCAGUUCUAUUGGUGGGACAAGAAAGUGGAACAAACCGGUGCACGUGAUGAAUCAUAAGAUAGUUAUCUCUAAUGUUUUUACGAGGAGCAGGUGGAGUGAUCUUAAUGCUUCGGACCUGUUGUCAUUGAACAGUGAGAUGCUUAAUGAUGUUUGCAGUGGGAGAUUCUGUUUGUGUCCUUUGGAAUCCAGCGACGACAGCGGAAAUUUUCAUGGGAUUUCGAGUUCUAAUGAGGAAGAAAACUCGUUUACGGCACUGAAUAGUCCUGCGGAGAAGAGGUGCAUGUCUGAGAGGUUUACACAAAAGGGGAAGGAGAAUAGGAUCAGAGAAUGUGUGACAUCUAAUGGGGCCAGUGAGAGGCUGUGGAAGGUUUGGUUGCCAAUUGCGCGAAGAACGGUCCAAUGGUUUGCGAUACAAGAAAGGAAUUCGGUUGAAUUAGAACACAAAACCUUAGCUUCAAAUGUCUGAUCAAUGCGACUAAAUUGUUGGUAACGUGUAUGUUUGUGCAUUCAACGCAGCUUCGUUGUCGGUGUACUCACAAAAAAAAAAAAAUUAAACUUAAUUAUUUUAUUUUUAUUUUUUUAGUA